CAAUUACCGAAAGGAUCGCACUUCUACAACAAGAAGGAGCUGUGUGCCAAGAGGAGUACAACAUUAAGGCUUUGAUGUUGGAAAUUUGAAGGAAGAUGCUACACUCAAGCUUACCGCGCUGACCGGGGCUUUCAUGGGCAACAUCACAGAUGCGAAUACAUUGCACCCCAUUGAAUUUGAACCUCCGGCUUCCAGUAUCUUCCUUUCCGCCUACUUGAAAACACAAUUAUUGCAUUUGCACGACCACCACCGCCUCUAGACCCCUCUAACAUUAACGUCGUGUCCCAAGUGCAACAGCUGGAAGCCUUAGGCGGCAAUCUCACACAUGAUCAGGCCAUGCUAGGAGAGCAGUUAGUCCAGAGAGGCCAGCAGUUGGAACAGCAUAUGGGGCUUUUACUCCAGGAAAUCACCAACAUGGAACAACUAGCUGGGAAACUUCAGCAACCAGAAGUGCAAGCUGGCGCUAAAGGC